CACAGACCAGGCAGAGCUAAUGAGACAUAAUAAAAGGGUGGGGACAGGAAAGGUUUCUGACAAGCAAGACACAUCUACACAGACCAGGCAGAGCUGAGGACACAAACCUAUGACUCUGUAAAGAUGAAGAGAUAAGAUGGAGCAAGACAACGAUGACAACACAGCAGCUGGAGGAGGAGAGUCUGAAACCAAAUCUGUAUCUGCAGCCAAUGAGAAAGUGAUACCUAAACUCACACUUGUGUUAAUUGGUGAUCAAAAUUCCAUUGAGAUUGGAUCAGAAAACAUCUUACUUGACCAUGACGGACAAACUAAUGUGGAACAGUUUUCAACCAGACUGUAUGAUUUGUGUGGUCGGCACAUCUCUGUCAUUAACAUGCUUGGUCUACAAAACGUUGAUACAUUUUCAUUGAAUCAGAAAAUUCAUGCAUUUCUCUUCCUGUUAACAAAUGGUCUGCAUAACAACCAUUACAGUUCAGGACUGCAGUGGUUAGAAAAAGCUUUUGGGAAAGGAUCACUUGAUUAUGUAAUGACAGUUGUGACUCAUAAGUCAGGUGAAACAUGUGAAAGUGCCCUGACAGACCUGAGAGCAAACAGCAGUUUAGUUGAAAAAAGAUUCCACACAUGUACAAGAAGUAUGAUGGAUGAAAGAGAAAUACUAGCUCUGUUGGAAAAAAUAGACAUCAUGGUUUCUGAAAAUGAUCACCACUGCUACAAUGGAGUGAUUUGUGAUGAAAAAGAAGAGCAGAAAGAAAAUAAAGAGCAGCUGGACAACAAAGAAGAAACCAUGGAUUCUUCAGUGUUUCAGCAAAAUCAAAGAGUAGAGGAGUUGAAGAAUUCAGCUGAAGUCAAGUGUGAUCCAGUGAAUGAACUUGCUGAAGGAGAACACUCAGAGAAGAAUGAUGACAACACAGGAGGGGAGUCUGAAAUCACAUCUGUAUCAUCUGCAAACAAUGAGAAAGGCUUUGCCGCUUCAACAGGAAAGGCUGAUGAAGUUAAAGAUGUCAGCAAAGAAAGCAGCAGUAACGAAACUGAAGGGUCGAUGGAGGAGAGCGACGUAGUGAAGGACACAAGUCAAACCUCUCAGACUGUUUCCACAGCAACCAAAGAACUAAACGAGUUGGAGGAGAAUGCAGCUGUAAUCAAGUGUGAUCCAGUGAAUGAACUUGCUGAAGGUGAACACUCAGAGAAGAAUGAUGACAACACAGGAGGGGAGUCUGAAAUCAUGUCUGUACUAUCCUCAAACAAUGAGAAAGUAAACGAGCUCGAGGAGAAUGCAGCUAAUUCCGUUGUAAAGUGCAAUCCAAUGGAUGUACAUGGUGAUGUUGAACAAUCACAUCAAACAAAGAAUGAUGACAACAUUACAGUAAGAGGAUCGGAAAUCAUGCCUGUACAAAGUGCAACUGAUGAAGGUAGCUCAGAUAAGAAUACAAGCGGGAACAAGGAGCAGUCAAUGGAGAUUUCUGAAGAGAUCAACAGGAAGAAACAAUAUCAAAGAAAAACUGAAACACUGCUCAGCAGACUUCACCUUCAGUACAAAUAUCAACAGAAGUUAACACCAGCAGAUUUUCUUAAAAUAGGUCCACCUGUAAAACAGGACAAUGACACAUCUGAGAAAGAUCUUGCUCAUACUUUUCUUCAGAGGUUGUUGAUGUUAGAUUACAGAGCCAGAUAUAUUCCUGUAAAACAAGACAGUCCUGAGGUGAGCCUUUCAAAGCCUGAUCUAGUGUUUGAGACAGACGAUGAUGACUUAGAUGCUCUUUUGAGCAGCAGUGCAGACUCUGAUCAAUCAGAACAGACUAAUGUGCAUCCAAUGGAUGUUCAAAUGGCCGUAUUUCACUGCUCAGACCGCUUUUUUAAGCAGAACAUGAUUACAAAGCUAUCACAAUGUCAGUACGCCUUACCUUUGCUUGUUCCUGACCCAGUCACAAUGGAUAUUGACUGUCCUCUGUGGACAUUCAGACAAUUAAGAAAAAGCUGGAAGAUCAAAGAUAAUUCAAACAUUGUCACCAUGAAGAGUUCGCCCAUCUGCAAAGCUAAGACACCCAUGGUGUCAUUUCUCCGCCUGGGUUCACUAUCUCUGUCUAAAUCUCAGCUGAUGAACACUUUGAUCAACGACCGUCACAACACCUUCUUCCACAGAAACUGUCCAGGUAGCACCAAGUCUCGUCAUUUCAUGGAUGGUGUGGCAGAGAUUGCCUGGUACUGCCCUGCUGGAAAACCCAAUGAUGAAUUCACUGACUGUAUUGCCUUCUGUAAUCUCCAUGGUGAUGCCCUGUUGAUGAAAAAACAGUGUGACAUAGUGACUGAAAAAUCUUCAGUCAAUGUAGUUCUUGUUCCGAGUCUGGAAAAAGGUGACACACAUUUUGGUCUUAUCUCAGCCCUUUACAAGUCUCCCAAGCCUCUAAUUAUUCUGUUGGCUGAUAAUGAUCGCGGAGCAGUUCAGGCAAAAAAAGGUAAAUACAAAAUGGGUCUAAAGGACAGAAGCCAGUCUAAUAUUUCCAAAGAGCUGAAAAAAAUAAUUGGAGACAUUUUGUCUGGACCACAUGCAUCCUUCCAGCUUGAAACCAUGACUGAGGUCUCUGGAAUCAGAGUGGAUGAAGAUGACACAAUUUGCCAAAAAGGGAAAUUUAACGCAAUGAAAAUUGUGGGCUUGCUUCAGAAGACGGGUGUUUCAAAGAUAAAAAAUGAAUUUUUUCCUUGUCAGGGCCACAAAUGGCAUAAGUGGUGCAGAAUAAACAAAGAACUGCAUCACCUCAAAGGACACAUUGAGAAGGAAAAAUGUCAAAAGCAACAGGAACUGAUGCAAAUACGAAGAGAUCGAUGCGAUGCUUCUUGUAGUGAACCAAUGAAGUUGUUCAUUGAAAGCCUCUCAUCCUUACCAUCAACAGACAAGGAGUAUUUUCUGAAGUGGACUCAGAUCUUAAUAGAUGCCCUCUCCACAGAUGAUCUUACUUCAAUUCUCCAAAGCUAUGAUGAAAAGUGGUCUGAGGUCUUGGCUUUGAAGAAGAAGCAUGACAAAUCUGAUGAGUUAAGAAGAAAGCACACUGAGCUUGAUCGAUUAUCAACAAAACUACAGUCAGCUACUUUUGGCUUGGAGCACAUCUUCAGAGAAAUGGGACAGAUCUAUGAAGCACAUGCAUCUUUGCAAAAAUUAACCAGUGAACAGACUGACUGGUCUAAAUACCCUGAGCUGGCUGCAGAGCUGAUGAUAUCAGGACACCCAAUGGAGCUGAUGGAUGGUGAUGCAGGUCAUGUGCCUUUGACUUGGAUCUGUAGUCUUUUAGAUAACGUUAUAAAGAAACUGGGUGACAAGAGAGUUUUUGUUUUGUCUGUUCUAGGCGUACAAAGCAGUGGAAAAUCAACAAUGCUGAAUGCCAUGUUUGGGUUACAGUUUGCAGUGAGUGCUGGCAGGUGCACCAAGGGUGCCUUCAUGCAGCUGGUCAAAGUGUCAGAGGAGAUCAAGACAGAUUUUCAGUUUGACUAUGUUCUAGUGGUGGACACUGAAGGACUGCGUGCUCUUGAGUUGGAAGGUAACGCCACCCUUCGCCAUGACAAUGAACUGGCAACAUUUGUUGUUGGUCUGGGAAACAUGACAUUGAUCAACAUCUUUGGAGAGAAUCCAGCUGAGAUGCAAGAUGUUCUGCAGAUUGUUGUUCAUGCGUUCAUGAGGAUGAAGAAAGUUAAACUUUCUCCAAGUUGUGUGUUUGUUCACCAGAAUGUUACAGAUAUUGCAGCUGCAGAGAAAAACAUGGAUGGAAAGAGACGGCUGCAAGAAAAACUAGACCAGAUGACCCAACUAGCAUCCAAAGAGGAGGUCUGUGAUGCUGAGUGUUUCAGUGACGUCAUUGCAUUUGAUGUGCAGAAAGAUGUGAAGUACUUUGCCCAACUAUGGGAGGGAAGUCCACCUAUGGCUCCUCCAAAUCCAGGUUACAGUGAGAGCAUCCAAGAGCUGAAGACCUUCAUCCUCUCUAAAGCUUCACAGUCUGCUGGGAUUACUCUCUCACAGUUCAAAAGCAAAAUUCAUGACCUGUGGAAUGCCCUGAUGAACGAAAACUUUGUUUUCAGUUUCAAAAACACACUUGAAAUCGCAGUGUACAGAAAACUUGAGAUCCAGUAUGGGAACUGGACCUGGGCCCUGAGGAGCAACAUGUUGACCAUUGAGAACGGGCUUCAUACCAGAAUAGAAAAUGGAAAACUUGACAAGGUAGAGCUCAAUUAUCUUCAUAAAGAAAUGAGCAAAACCUAUGGAGAAAUCAAAAAAGCAAUGACAACAUACUUUGAUGAUGACAGAGACAAAGAAAUGUUGGUUCAGUGGCGAGGACGAUUUGAAAAGAAAAUCAAGGAGUUUCUUGAUGAACAAGUGAGAGGGGUUAAAAGAAAACUGGAGGAUGUCAUCCAGCAGAAGAAUGCCUGUAAAAAGCUGGAUGAUAAGAAGACAGAGUUUGAGAACAAGUUGCUCCAAAAGAGCAAAGAGCUCGCUCAUCAGUUAAAGGACAAGGCAAAAGAUGAAGAGCAACUUAAGAAGCACUUCAACUCUGACUGGAGUGGCUGGGUUAAGGAACUAACUGCAGAUACAAAACCUAUUGAGGACAUCAACUAUGAAGAAGAUCAGUCAACUAUUCUUCAGGAGCUUGGUUUUGAAUGGAGUCUAAUAGAUGAAUCCAAAAGCAGUGGCAGAUACACAGAAAUAUCACAGCUUGGUGAUUAUGAUCAUUAUGUAACCCUCACAAAGCACAAAGAGCUCUGUGAUACAAGCCAGCAAUCACAAGGAGAGGAAAGGGAAAACAAAACCAAUAAGAACCAAAAAGGGCAAGGAAGUUAUUCAUUGUCAUCUGCCUGGAUGUCUUUAAAAACAAUAUUUGGAAUUGUGGCAACACCACAAGUUGAAAAACGUACAUCAGGGAGAUUUCUCCCAUAUGAAGAACAGCAACUGAUCACAUCCCUCAUUGACGAUGUUGAACAACAGACCAUAGCCAUGAUUAAGAAGAAACCUGUGGCUACAAGAGGCUACAGUCUAACUUACUUGCAAGAAGUUGCCAACAAUGUAAAAGAAAAAGUGGCAGAAUUUGAAUCAAAGAGUAAAUAUGCUCUAAAGAAGGAGUUUACAGUUGAUCUGAUACUGUUUGUGUUUCACAGAGCAGAGAGUUGGCUUUCAGAGUCCCACAAGAAAUUUAAAGGAAAUAAUGAUGCACUCAGUUACGUAGAAAGCAAGAAAAUGCAAUAUUACAACAUCUUCAGAAGUUUCUGCAAAGGAAACUCAUCUGCUGUUGUGCUUGGAGAACUGAUCUGUGAAAAACUGAAGGUUUCCAUUGUUGAGGCUGUCUGUAACAAGACUGCAAUUGAUCUGGCUGGAGAAAUGAGGUGCACUUUCCCAGCAUUCAGUGGGAACAGGCUCAACUUGGAGAAACAGGUGUUAAAGUCACUGGCUGAGAAAGAAGACUUCGAUGGUUUUAUCACCUACAUCCUUCACCCAAGGAACCAAGUAGAGACCUUUAUAAAAGAGGAAGUACAGAAAUACAUCUUCACAGACAAAAAAGAUAAAGCACGGAAAAUACUCAAGAAAAAUGUUGAAGACAUCAAAAAACGUCUGAGUCAAGCUUUAUAUGAUGCAACAGAGAAAGUCAAAAAACAGAGUGAAGACCCAGACAUGUGGCUGAAGGAGUUUUCCAGUUUUCUCAAAGAUCAGCUAACGUUCAACACCUUCUGUUGUCAAAACUUCAGUGACAUAAACAAUUUUGACUUUCUUAAAGAGGAGACAGAGAAAGGUCUUGUAUCUGUCAUAAAGGAAGUGAGCAAACUGUCACUGGAUAAGAUAAAGAAAUUCAGGAUGAAGCCUGAUCAAAUCCUCAUCGAUCAGCUGUGUAACUGUUGCUGGGUAACGUGUCCAUUCUGUGCAGCUGUUUGUACCAACACCAUAGCAGACCACAGCCCUGAUAAACACAAUGUCCCUUUCCAUCGGCCCUCUGGGAUUAAAGGAUGGCACAUUAGAGGCACGGUAGAACUGGUCACAGAUUUCUGCACAACUUUAGUUGCAAGUGAUAGACGUUUCUACCUUCGGUAUGAUUCAGAUGUGACCGUUCCUUUUAAAGAAUAUCAAAAGGCCGGGGAGAAGUAUGCUACAUGGCAGAUUACUCCUGAUAAAUCUAAGCUGAUUUACUGGAAAUGGUUUGUCUGUCGAUUUCAAGAGCAACUAGAAAACCACUACACAUUAAAAUUCCAGGGAAGUGGAGAAAUUCCCAGUGAGUGGAGAAACUACAGUAAACAAGAAGCUAUUGAAAGUCUGGAUGAAAUGUACAAUCUGUGAGUGAGCCA